CCGAGAGAACGGCCUGCAGCCUGCACCCGUCUCAGGGCGGGUUUAGGUUGAACUGGGGUCCAAGACUCUCGGGGUUUAGGAAAAGACUUCUCCAGGAGAAUGGCUGGGCACUGGAACAGGCUCCCCAGGGCAGGGGUCUCGGCUGCAAGCCUGACGGCGCUCAGUAAAGGUUUGGACAGCGCACGUGUGUGGUUCUUGGCUCCUGCGUGGAGGCCGGGCCUGCACUCGCUCAGCCGCGGGCCCCCUCCGCCUCGGGCCGCUCCCUACCAGAUUCCGGCUGCUGCCUUCGCCUUGCGACGAGGUUUGUCCCUCCGCGGCCUCCCCCUUCCCGGCGCGAGCCCCCUCGGCCUCGCGCUUCCCUGUCGCCUUGGUGACGGCCGUUCCCGCCAAUCGGCGGCGAGGGCGGGAAGGGCGGCGGCGGGCGAUGGCGGCGGGCGAUGGCGGCGGCCAUGAAGCGGCGGCGCGGGACGGAGCCGGAGCCGGAGCCGGAGCCGGGCUGCCUGCGGGCCUGGGCCGCCCACAGCCGAGCGCUGGUCGGGCGAUGGACGACGGCGCGGGGCGGCGGAGAGGCGCGGCAGGAGCGCCGGCGGCUGCGAGACGAGUUCCGGGAGCUGCUUCUGAGCAUCCGCGGGCUGCCGGCUGCCCUCCCUGCCCUGCCUCUGGAACUCACUGUCCUCUACAACUCUCUGCUUUUCACUGUGGGAGCAUCUGACUCUGCCAUCAGAGGAGAAGCAGAAGGAAUACGCCAAGGGCUCCUCAGGGUUCUGGAAGCUUGUGGGGCCUGCGGACAGGACCUUGGCACGGAGGAGCUGUGGGAAAAGGUGCUGCAGGAGGUAACCGUGGAGGAGCUGCAGGCACCUCUGCACCGCCUCGCGGCCCUGCAAGCAGCCUGGUGGCUGGCAGCCAGCCAGCUGGGAAGUGUUGCUGGCCUGUUCCAGCUCCUGAGCACCGCUGAGGACCCAGGAAGAGCUCACUGCAGUGAGGGGCAGAACAAACUCCUCUCCAUGAUCAAGGCAUGGUGGGUCCCUCCUGAGGGGGCCUCCCUGCCUCUUGUACAAAGCGCCAAGGACUUGAAGGAAAUCCUCUGCACUGCAGCAGCCUUCCUGCAAGGGCUGCAGGAGCUGGAGGCUGGGAACUUCCCCACCGCCCUUUCCCUCCUUCUGGAAGCUGCAGGAGGAUUCUGCUCCAAGAAUAUCCUGGCCCAGAUCUACACCUGCCUUGGCUGCUGUGCUCAGCGAAUGGGCAAGCCUCAGACAGCCCUUCAGCACCUGAAACGGGCCCUCCAGGUAGAUUUCCAGUGCCUUCCUGCCCUGUCCCAUGUGGCAGCAGUGUACCAUGAACUGGGAGAGACCGAUGCAGAGCUGCAGGCCCUGACCCUACUCUACGAGGCUCUGGGAAAAAGCCCUCCAGCAGCUGCUUCCUCUAGCCCCUAUUUCCUGAUGCGAACAGAGCUGCUUGUCCACGCACCAGUACUCACUUCCCUUCUUCGCCAUCGCCACCCCUCUGAAGUGAAGUACCUUCUGGCACAGCGGUGUCUCCAGAAUGGGAGGGUGGCUGAUGCAGUGGAACAUUACCUGGAUUUUCUGUCUCUCCUUCAGGAGGGGCUGCAGCAGCAGGUGCCCCUGGAUGGUAGCUCAGCUCUGCCCAGGAUCCCAGAGGUGUUCCUGGAAGCAGCAUCUGCCUUGGAGCAGGCUGGGAGGCACCAGGAUGCCAUAACUGUGUGUGAGGAGGUCAUCAGCCGGACAACUGACCUCAUUCCACGCGUCCUACGAGUGGAGGAGAGGCUGGAGCAGCCAGAGUCCUCAUCGCCUGGGGCAGAACUGGCAGGUGGACUCCUGUCCCAGAAGAAGGAGAGCCUGUGCUGCCUUGCCUGGAGGGCAGCUGGAUACCUGCACCAGGGCUGGGCAUGGGCCAAGCUGGGCGAGAGCAAGGAAGCUGUGACACAGUUCAGCAGGUGCCUCAGUGAUCUCCUGCGUGUUCAGCUUCAUGGGUCUGGCGUCAAAAGGACAGAGAGGCUGAGCUUUGCCAUCUGUCUCCAGAACUGGAGGAUGAGCAGCCCAGAGAAUCUCCAGCCAGAAGUGGAGGUGCUCCAGAAGAUCAGGUUGCUCUCUCUCAUUGGGCGAGGAGCGCAGUUCCUGGAGCUGGGGAGGAACAAAGAAGCCCUGUUGGAUUUCCAGCACAGUUUGCAGAUCUCACCAGGUGACCCAGCUGCUGUCUCCUACCUGGUGCAGGCCUUGUGGAAGCUGAACCGAAAGCAGGAGGCUGCUGCUCAGUGGCAGAAGUUCUCCCAGAGCUCCCCUGGAGAGGAUGGGCAGCAGCAAGGGCAGGGAAGGCCCCUCCCCUUGUACCUGGUUUCAUGUCUGGAGCAGGCGGUGUUCCCUCACAGUGAACCUCUUGCCAGAAGCAUACAGGAUUACCUCGGGGCAGCAGCCCAGGACACUUCAAGCUGACCUGGUCAUGCCCCCCAUACCCAUCUGCUGAGGUCUCCUUGCACUUGGCUGGCACAAGGCCUUUAAGAACUCCUUCAAGACUUAGAAUUACUCUGUGAUGAAGCUAGAUUCCCAAAGGACAGAAACAGAAUAGAUCUCCUUUUCUAAUAAAAAACUCAGCUCUGUUUA